AUGCUGCCGCUGCUGCUGCAGCAGCAGCAGCAGCAGCAGCAUGUGGCCCUAGGGGGCGCGGGGCUGCGGGGCCUGCGGGUGUCUGCAUGCGUGGGCUGCGGUGCCGCGCUUUCGCCUGGAGCCUCGCCCGAAGCCCCCGCUGCCUCCGCGGGGAAUUCGGAGAGGAAAGGGCAGCCGCCGUUUGCCGGCGGGGCCCUCAGCAGCAAGCUGAGGAUGGCUGCUGCAGCGCCGGCAGCAGCAGCAGCAGCAGCUGCUGCUGCUGCUGCUGCUGCUGCGAGGCAGGCGCCGGGCGGCGAGACGGGAGGUAGAGGAACACGCGGAGACCCCGAGCUCUCACAGCGCAGCGCAGCGCAGCGCAGCGCAGCGCAGCGCAGCGCAGCGCAGCGCAGCGCAGCGCAGCAGCAGCAGCAGCAGCAGCAGUGGCUGUGA